AUGAUACUCGAAGAGGUGGCACCACAAAGUUGGCCGUUGAGCGUUACUCCUGUUACAGAGGAUUCUCUGAAUGUUAAAGUUUCCGGGCAUUUGCACAACACCGGUCAGUUCCUGGUAUUCAGAGCGGAUCGGGAGGCCAAGGUGCGAGUCAAUAUAACAGGUGGCCCACUCGCCUAUCACUAUCAAUUCGAGGAGAUCUACAUACACUACGGAAUGGAUAACGAUUACGGAUCGGAGCAUCGCAUUAAUAACUACGCUUUUCCUGCCGAGAUACAAGUGUACGGAUUCAACGCGGAACUGUAUCACAACAUGAGCGAGGCGCAGCACAAGAGUCAAGGACUCGUCGCGAUUUCGUUGAUGGUGCAGGUUGGCGAGACGCUGCACCCGGAACUUCAGAUCAUAACCAGCGUGUUCAACAAAGUCAAGUACCGCGGUGAUUCCGCACCUGUACGUCACCUGUCUUUGAAGAGCCUGCUUCCAAACACGAACGAUUACAUGACUUACGAGGGCAGCACGACUCACCCAGGCUGUUGGGAAACGGCGGUAUGGCUGAUCCUCAACAAACCUAUUUACGUAACAGCGCGAGAGCUUUACGCACUAAGGAAACUAAUGCAAGGUCCGUCGACCAUCCCGAAAGCACCCCUGGGAAACAAUUCGAGGCCGCUGCAGGAUCUUCAUUACAGGACUAUACGAACAAACAUUGAUUUUCACAAGCGACCGGACGCGAAGUGUCCAUCGAUGGCCCAGGACAUGCACUAUAGAGCGAACACGUGGCAGGACGACGGCACCCUAUCGCACAACGUCAUCUGAAUCCUGGCCGACCACGCAAACCAGAGACAUUUUUGGCUUUCGACGCGACAGGUUCACGCGGACAUUUGCUAGCAGGCAGAAAAACCACAGUGUUUACAAGGCUUGACAAGGUCACCGUUCAGGGAACUCCGA